CGAGAGAACGAAAGCGGAAAUCAGGAUCGAGUAGUGAGGACUCUCUGUGAUUCCUCCUCCUGUACCUGCGGAGGCUUUAGUCGUUCCUCCCCUCUAGCCGAGAACUGGAUCAACGACAAGAGUUCAGUUUCAUUACUCAGCAUCGUCGGAUUUCUGAAGCCGGAGGUGAAAGACUCCAGGAGUAGUCAUAAGCGAGGAAAGGCCAUGGAUCAAACGAAAUGGCAAGCUCUAAAAAACCGGAGUCGACCUUCUAAGAAUUCUGGGAAGGAUGUAACGUUCCCUACUGACCCUAAAGAACUCUAUAGGACACUGAAGGCUCUCAAUUCACUGACAGCAGAGCCAAUGACAUUCCUAAAGGACGAUACAAUGUCAGGGAACUCACUGUUCUCGCGGCCCCGUGCUUAUCAAAGCCGGACAGUCGAUCCAUCAGAGCAAAAGUCAGAAGCGGACGAAGAUGUGUUCAAGAAGUUCUCUGAACUGACCGAUAUACACGGUAUAUAUCACCGGGCCAGAAGUCGCAGUCCAUUCACGAAACCU